AUGCAGUGCGUGCUUCAGGAUAAAUCAUGCAGAUCAGCUAACUUCAGAAAAACCGCAACUUCUGGAGGAGAAGAAAAUUGUGAGUUACUCAAAACUGUUGAUUCAGAAGAAGAUCCAGGGAGUUUAAAGAGAAAUGAAAAUUUUGAUUACUACAUAAUACUUUCACCCGAAAGA